AAGCAAAGUCAGAGAAGGAAUCAAGCUGUUCACCAGCAGCUCAGGAACUAAUGACAAGACUUGGGUUUUUACUGGGAGAAGGGCUUCCAGCUUCUGCCCACAUCUCCGCAGAAGAAAAACAUGAAACUAUGUGCACAGUAGCUAGUCAAGGAGUCAGUCCCUGUUCUACACUAACGAGCAGCACUACGUCUCCUAGCACCGAUAGUCCCUGCUCUACUCUGAAUAGCUGUGCUGACAAAACAGCGGCCAACAAAAGUAGUCCCUGUGGGACCAUUAGCAGCCCAAGCUCCACAUUGGAAAGCAAGGACAGUGGAAUUAUAGGGACAGUAACAAGUUCCUCUGAAAAUGAUGAUCGGAGUGGAUCAAGUUUAGAAUGGACUAAAGAAGGAAAUCUCAGGACUAAUGUACACCAAGGAAUUAUUGACCGAAGGACAGAUAAUUGCUCACCAGUUGCAGAAGAGGAGACAACAGGAUCCUCAGAAAGUUUGUCAAAAGUGGAAGCAUCUUCUGGAGAUGGCCCCAUUACUUACAUUCAAAACUGUGGCUCAUUAGGAAUGCCUCGACCCAAUUCUGUUGCAGCAACAAGUUCCACAAAGCUUGAAGAUCUGAGCUAUUUGGAUGGACAGAGGAAUACUCCUUUGCGGACCUCAAUUCGCUUACCUUGGCACAGCACUGCUGGAGGGAGAGUUCAGCAAGAAAUAAAAGCACGUUUUGUCCCAUAUAAGCCUCAAGAUAUUUUGCUAAAGCCAUUAUUGUUUGAAGUGCCAAGCAUAACAACAGACUCUGUGUUUGUUGGAAGAGAUUGGCUGUUUCAGACAAUAGAAGAAAAGUUGAAGAAUCCCAAGCAGACGGAGACGAGGGGAGCUGUUGUAAUUGGAAAUGUGGGAUUUGGGAAGACGGCUAUUAUUUCCAAGCUUGUGGCACUGAGCUGCCAUGGAGGUCGCAUGCGGCAAAUUGCUUCCACCAGCUCUGCUUCUCCCAAAACCAGUGAUCCUUGUCAGGAGAUUCCUCUCAGCCAGCUCCCCCCAUCUCUGGUUCCUUCAGCUGGAACCAGUCCAGCCAAAACUUCAUCCCGUCCUCCUGCUCAGGAACAUCAGAACCAAAUGGAUGAAUCAGUUAGACGCCUUGCAUCAAAGGUCGUUGCCUAUCACUACUGCCAAGCUGACAACACUUACACAUGCCUUGUCCCAGAAUUUGUGCAUAGUAUCGCAGCUCUACUUUGCCGGUCACCUCAGUUAACAGCAUAUAGAGAACUCUUGAUAAAGGAACCACACCUACAAAGUAUGCUUAGCCUUAGGUCCUGUGUUCAAGAUCCUGUGGCAGCAUUCAGAAGAGGCGUGUUGGAACCACUAGUGAAUCUUAGGAGAGAACAGAAAAUUUCAGAAGAAGAAUGCAUCAUUUUGGUAGAUGGCUUAAAUGAAGCUGAAUUUCAUAAACCUGAUUAUGGGGAUACAGUUUCUUCAUUCAUCACAAAUAUUAUUUCUAAAUUUCCACCAUGGCUAAAAUUGAUCGUGACCGUAAGAACAAACUUCCAGGAAAUAACCAGCUCACAUCCUUUCUUCACAAUCUCCUUGGAUGAUUUUUCAGACAACAAAGAAGUACAGUCUGAUUUAAAUGCAUAUAUUCAGUACAGGAUCAAUGCCAGCCAGGAUAUAGUAAACAAUAUUUCCCUCAAUGGAAAAGUUGAUGCCGCGACUAUUGGGAAAGUGAGCAACCACUUGAUCUUGAGGAGCAUGGGAUCUUAUCUCUAUCUGAAAUUGACAUUAGAUCUCUUCCAGAAGGGUCACCUGGUGAUUAAAAGUGCAAGUUACAAAGUAGUUCCAGUAUCUCUUUCUGAGCUUUAUUUGCUUCAGUGCAACAUGAAAUUCAUGACAAAUUCGGCCUUCGAAAGAGCCCUGCCGGUGCUGAAUGUGGCUCUAGCAUCCCUUCACCCAAUGACAGAUGACCAGAUCUUCCAAGCAAUUAGUGCUGGCCAGAUACAUGGUGAACAGGAGUGGGAAGAGUUCUCACAGAGGAUGGAGGCCCUGUCAGGCUUUCUGAUAAAAAGGCGUGACAAGACACGGAUGUUCUGCCAUCCUUCCUUCAGGGAAUGGCUUGUUUGGAGAGCAGACGGUGAAAGCACUGACUUUUUGUGUGAACCAAGGAAUGGGCAUGCUCUCCUUGCAUUCCUCUUUUCACGUCAGGAAGGAAAACUUAACCGUCAGCAAACAAUGGAACUCGGGCAUCACAUUCUUAAAGCUCACAUUUUUAAGGGGCUCAGUAGAAAAAUGGGCAUUUCUUCCAGUCAUCUUCAGGCCCUGUGGAUUGGCUAUAGCACUGAUAGUUUGUCAGCAGCACUUGCGUCUUUGAGAAAUCUCUACACACCAAAUGUAAAGGUGAGUCGUCUGCUGAUUCUGGGUGGUGCAAAUGUAAAUUACAGGACAGAAGUCCUCAACAAUGCCCCAAUAUUGUGCGUGCAAUCUCAUCUUGGGCAUGAAGAAAUGGUCCUCCUCCUUCUAGAAUUUGGGGCUUUGAUUGAUGGAGCAUCUGAAAAUGGGAUGACUUCACUUUGCUGUGCAGCAGCUGCAGGCCAUAUGCACAUAGUUUCACUUCUUAUCAAAAGAGGAGCAAAGAUCGAUCACUUGGACAAAAAGGGACAGUGCGCUUUGGUUCACAGUGCUCUCAGAGGACAUUCUGAUAUUCUUGAAUAUAUGCUCAGCAUAGAUUGGCAGACUUCGCCUCACCAGCAGAGCUGUCUGUCAAAGAAGCAGGCUCUUCAGCAGGCUCUGACUGCCUCUUCAAGCAUGGGACAUGGCCAGGUCAUUCGUUUUUUGAUAAGAAUUGACAAGGAGCCUAAAAUUGACAUCAAUGAAACAGAUACUUUGUGGGGAGAAACAGCUUUGACUGCUGCUGCUGGGAGAGGAAAACUGGAAGCAUGUGAGCUGUUACUUGAACAUGGGGCUCUAGUUACAAGACCUAAUAAGAGAGGGAUACCUCCGCUUUUCUGUGCUGUGCGUCAGGGGCACUGGCAGAUAGCCAAGCUUCUAUUGGAACAUGGUGCUGAUAUAAAUUUAAGUGACAGGCAAAGCAGAACACCACUCAUGGUGGCAUCUUGUGAAGGACAUCUGACCACUGUUGAAUUUCUAGUCUCUAAAGGUGCUGAUAUUUCAUUAGUGGACAAGGAAGGCCUGACAGCAUUGAGUUGGGCUUGCCUCAAAGGACAUAAGAGUGUGGUCCAAUAUUUGGUUGAAAAAGAUGCCAAAAUAGGCCAAACAGACAAGAAUGGAAGAACACCUUUGGAUCUAGCAGCAUUCUAUGGAGACUCAGAUAUUGUGCAGUAUUUAGUGGAGAAGGGAGCCGUAAUUGAGCAUGUUGAUAAUAGUGGAAUGCGCCCCCUGGACAGGGCCAUUGGAUGUCGAAAUACAUCAGUGGUGGUCACCUUGCUCCGAAAAGGAGCCAAACUAGGAAAUGCAGCGUGGGCCAUGGCUACUUCAAAACCUGAUAUUCUGAUUAUCCUUCUACAGAAGUUAAUUGAAGAAGGAAACAUAAUGUAUAAAAAAGGGAAGAUGAAAGAGGCCGCACAGCGGUAUCAGUAUGCCUUAAGGAAGUUUCCUCGAGAGAGUUUUGGAGAAGAAAUGAAAGCUUUCAAUGAACUCAGGGUUUCCUUAUAUCUGAACUUAUCAAGAUGUCGCAGAAAAACUAAUGAUUUUGGCAUGGCAGAAGAAUUUGCUACCAAGGCCCUUGACCUCAAACCCACAUCCUAUGAAGCGUAUUACGCCAGGGCAAGAGCCAAGAGGAACAGCAGGCAAUUUCAGGCAGCCCUCACCGAUCUGUGGGAAGCCAUAAAGUUGUGCCCUGGAAACCAAGAAAUCAAGAGACUGCUAACUCGAGUCGAAGAGGAGUGCAAACAGCUCCAGAGAACACAACAACAAAAGCAGCAGUGUUUUCAGGCAAUGCAGCAGAGCAAUGACUCUGACUAUGAGGGUGAAGUACUCGUGCAGGAUCACUUCAGCCUGGAAGAAAUAAAAGAGGAGGAACUUUUAUGUGAGCAGGAACCUGGUCCAGCUAGGCCAAGAUUGCCACUUUUCCAGGCUUCUUUAUCUUGCAGCAGAAACCCUCAGGAAGGUACUCAGCAGAAAUUUAGGCCUGUAUCUCCUCCAAACAGAGCCGGCAGUGCAUAUUUGCGAGAGUCUGUGCAGCCCACGAAGCAAGCUCAGAUAGUAAAAACCAAUCAGCAUCUGAAUUCUGCCCAGGCUGCAGCAAGACCUAGUCCUAGUCAGCCUGGCACAAAGAUUCAGCACCUCCAGUAUCUUCCUCCAAGCCCUGUGACUUCCAGACACCUUAUGACUCCAAACAACAAAGCACAGCAUUUAGAUGGGGCACACACAGUAUCGGCAGGCGGUAGCUGUGCGCUUUUCAAUGAAAGAUUAGCAGCUUGCCAGCUUCCCUACUUGCAGCAUAGUGACAAAGGAUCUUCUUUCAUGAGUAAGUCCAAAACGCACGAGAAGCUGAGUGUGCAUCCUCCUCCAUCAUUAAGUCAAGGAACCGGUGAAUUAAGGCAGCAAAGUAGUGCCAGUUUGCUUUCUGUCAGUAUGGUAGCUUCCAGCUCAACGAGCAGCUUUUCUGAGAGCAUGGCAGGACAAAAUCUCGACACUCGACUCAAGGAGAACAAAGCUGGGCUUGGUCAGGGUGGAUCAGUCGAACACCGGUCCCGCAGUAUUCCAUUCAUGGGGAUCAUGGAUAAAACUGUACGCUUCCAACAGCAGCAGAUGAACCCAUCAAAUCGCAGUUGGCACUGCCAAGCUACAGAAGGGGUCCCGAAGAGUUCUGGGACAACUUUAUCUGCAAGCUGUGAGUUUUCUUCCAAACCACCAAGCAACUCUGCAAGUCAGGGCUCGUCUUUCUUUUCUUCUUCCCUAAUAAUAGGAGACAAUCUCCAAAAUGGAACUCAGUCAAAAGACCUGGAGGAACUAAAGCACCAAGCAUCUGCCAGCCCUCAAGAGAACAGGAUAGGUAAGCCAGUGGCUCAUUUAUAUCAGGAAGCUCUCUCCAAACAGCAUUCUCAGCUGAGCAAAGACAUUCAUUCAAGUCACAUCACUUCUACAAAACCAAAGCGAUCUUUUGUAGAAUCUAACGUAUGAUUCAUUGUUCUAGGGCAAAUUAAUAACAGGGAUGAACCGUGGCUUUUGGUUGUAA